AUGGCCUAUGAGGAGCUGAAGAAAGGCUACAGUCAAUAUUUUGGAACACCAAUCAACAAGAAGCUGGUGAAUACUGUCUGCACGUGUCUGUAUAGUUGAUUGUAUACGUGUUAAAGCUCACAAAUUCAACUGAGUUAACAAACAAGAAACUCUUGGUCUUAAACCUUGACAUACAAAACAUGUGAAGUGCUUUUACUCUGAUCAUGUUAAUAGCUUAGGGUGGAUGACUGAUGUGUUGUCAUUACUGAAACGAAACUUUACUCUCAACUCCCCUCUCCACCCAGAAGGAUUGAUAAGAACCAACCUUUGUCCCCCCCCCUCCCCAAGAUUGACUGACAUCUAACUUCUCCUUACAAUAUCACCUCUGAAUCACACAUGGAGGUCAUGAGAAUAGAGGAAAUAUUCAGCCACCGAAAAAGUUCUUGACUGUUUAAGAAAUUCUCCUUGUCAGUAUCUUUGGAAAUGUACAGAGAACAGUAUGGAGAAUAUGGAUACUGAUGAUAGGGUGUAAAGGGUCAUCACGAACACGUGUAAUGGCCAGUGGCGAAUGUAAAAAGAGAACAUGAGAGAGGGAAGGGUGGGGGAAGUUUUUGGCUUCUCAUCUUGAGUAGUCAUCCUCCAUGACGAGCUUCAGCAUUUUGAAGCUACAACUGACGCCCAAAAUACAACCUCUAUUACCUUUGUUGUACAUGUGGCUGGUAGGAAGGUACUAAUAGGAUGACGUUUAUUAUUCUGUAACCAUGGGUUAUCUUGGGAAUCACUCUGAAAUGCUGAAAAUACAGUAGUUAUUAUUUUUUUUUUAAUAUAAAGUGUUUUCCUCUCUAAUUUAUGUUUGGCUAACUUUCAUUUUCUCCAUAGAGUUCAACUGAGUACCUUGUAAUGGCUUCACUGUCGAAAAUUUUCGCCGCAACAGCGACAUAUCCGUAUCAAGUGGUUAGAGCAGGACUUCAGGUUAGAAUGGGAGAUUCAUUAGCAAAUUGUUAA